AUGGCCAUCAUCCAUCCUCUGAAGCCUCAUCUGUCAGCCAAAGCCACUCUAGCGGUGAUCAUGGCCAUCUGGACUCUGGCUGUGGUCCUGGCCUUCCCUCUUUGCUACUUCUACACAGUUCAACUUCUGCCCCACAGGACCCUGUGCUAUGUGGCUUGGCCACGCAUGGAAGAGGAUGCGGAUGGAGGAUGUGAGUACCACAUCAUAGUGAUAGUGCUGGUCCAUGUGGUGCUUUUAGUGGUGAUGGGUGUCGCUUACUCCACCAUAGAGGUGACUCUU